UUCCUUCUUUGCCUGGGCAACAAACGGGUGAUGGUGGAGCCAUGCUAAUGAUGAUGAUUUGGUUUGCUGUGGCUCUAGGGCUCUUUUUGUUGCGACCGAGAGCCCUGCGCAACAACCCAGAUACAAAGCCCACUGACAACAAUGGACCUGGAUCAAGUGGAUCACCCCCACCAAUGGCAAACUAGAAAGAAGGCCUUCUAAACCGAUGUCACGAAAAGAUUCUACCGGAGGAUUAUUAUUUCUCUCCAUCUGCAGUGAGGGUACUAUCUGAGAUAUUGGUCGCUAAUCUGAAUGACCUUACAAUUUUUGUAGAGUUAUUAAUCUGGGAUAUGUUUCUGUUUUUGUUUUACAUCACAAGCCUAGCCUUUACAUAGGCACUUCAUGGCAUUCGUAUUUUUGCACUAUAAUCUUUUCCCCAUUGAUUUUGAGCUUCAAUUUCAUUUUUGUACCAAUUAAGUCGAUUUCUAGUGGUGAAUUUUGUUUCUGAUUUAACAGUUAAAGUCUGCAAGAGACUGAUUUACUUUUUUGGUGACAGAUAUCUAAUAGAUAUUUGUAAUCUGCAUUUUUGUAGAUAUUCUACAAAUUUUUCACAAAGCUCUAUUAUUUUAAUGCAAUGAUAUUGCAAUCAAGCUCAAUAAUUAAUGGUCUUCUUUUUGUUGGGUUUUUAUGUUGUUUUUUUUUUUUUGGUCAGCAAAGUAUAAAAGAAAAAGAUGUAAGUUUUGCUUCCAUUAUUCAUUAACUAGUUGUCUGAAUGAUGAAGCCAAUGGUCAUGCUUUUAUGUAAAAUGCUACAAACUCAUCUAAAUUUUAGACAUUUUUGCAUCGACCAGUUUAAUUUUGUUUUGUUUUCGCGUUUUUCUUCUGUUUUACCUUUUUUUUCAUAUUUUAUCAUCUUCUGUUGUGGUUUAGCUGAAGAUAAUGUAGAGGUUCCUGAAAUGAAAUCUCAACCCUGUUAACUGAAAGGUUCUCUCUAAAAAUAAUUUGCUCUGCCUUACACGAGGAUUACUACAAUUCUAAUAAGGGAUUACCCUAUAUUGAUAUAUAUUGGUGAUUGUUAGUACCUUGUAAGUCUUUUUUUUUUUUUUUUUGCGCAUUUUGUUUUAUUUGUAUGUAGGUACUCUUAUGCACUUCAGAUAAUAUUGGUAACUCAAACUUAGGUGUCAUUUUUCCUCCCAUCGCCUCUUUUAUGUUUCUUUUUCCAUUGAAGCUACAAAGCAUUUAAAAUACUCAGUUGAUUAAGUAUUUUGGCACUAAGAAACUAAAAUUUGGAUGUGUAUUGAUUACUCAUAUCGCAUGUCAUCUACUUUGAAAGUAUUAUCAUGUCAUAUGGGACCUGUUUUAUUCUUGUGUCAUUCCAUCAUUAUCACUAGUAUGCUUGCUAUUAAAAUGAAACCCCUUCCCUUUUAGCACACAUUGUAAUACUCAUUUUUCAAUGAAGCUUUGCUUUUUGUGUACUCUUUACUGGGUUAUUAAAUUCACUGUGAUAAUACAAGAGUGGGCAACUGGUUUAUCAGUUGUAGAUUAUUAUGUCCUGUAAUGUUGUGAUGUCUAUGAAUUCUUGAUGGUGUUUGGAGUGUUUGGAAUACUCAGGAAAAAUAUAAUUAUUUGAUUUUUUUCUGUUAACCGUUUUGAAGCGUCAUUCUCUUAUUUUUCAGAUUGGUGAGCUUACUGAAUUGCCCCAGCAAAUACUUUAUUUCUGUCAUAUUGACUGUUUAGGUAUGUCUGUUCUUUUCUUGCUCAUGGUUUUAAAACUGUCAUCUCCUCUACAUAGGUUGAUGUUGACACUGGUCUGUAAAUUAAUCAGUAUUACAAUAUCCACGAAGAUUGACAGAACCUGCACAAACUUACAUAGUUUUCUGCAAAACUGCUGGUUGGGUUAAACAUAAAACAAUCAUAUUGUUUCUAAUAAUAAUUUUACUACUCCUUCUCUUAUUUGUUCUAUCCCAGCAUAUUUUCAAUCCUAUAACUCUGUAUGUCAUCAACAAAUCUGUAUUCUCCCUUCUGAAUGAACUGAGAAAAAAUGCCUACAAGCAAGUCGGAAAUGAUUACAUUGUGAUAUUUUUGUUUUGUAAAUAUUGUUGGAAUUCACUGUACAUGGAGAUUGUCUUGGGUGUGUCUAAAUUAGGUGUAAUAUGAUGGAUUUGGUCCAUGAAAAGGAAACAAUGGUUUGUUAUGGUUAUUUUUAUUUGAUACUACUGUCAUGGAAUAACUGUGUUUCAGGCAAAAUUCUAUCAGAUUCGUGCUAAAGAGGCACCAGUGUAUUCUUACCCUUUCUUUAUGGUUAAGACCUCAAACGAAAUAAAUUUAUUGGUGCUUUCUAAAAUGAUUUAUAUCAACAAAGGUGUCAUAAUACCACCAAACACCUUUGAUAAAUGGAUUGUCUAAUUAUACGUUGAGAUUUCUAAUGUUGGUACUCUUAUAUUUGUAUUGGGUGCAUGUUUCCUGUAUAGUAUUGAUGUUAAAUGUUUGUAUAUAAUUUAAAAAAAUAUCAUCCUUCUGUUAACCAUCUUAGUCAACAGAAAACUGAACCACUAUUAAACACACCUGUGUUAUAAUUGAAGUGAGGCCUCUCACUGGCUGUGUAAAUUUUAGAAUCAUGAUUAAAUUGCAACUUUGGCAAGCAACUUAAA